CCCGACGUCAAAUAUAAAUGUCCCACAGACUCCUGCUGAGCAUGUCCAAGUAGUUACUUCACGGCGGUCUCUUUCGUACACCACAGCAGAGGAAAGGACUCCCACACAGGCGAGGACAUGUCCCGUUCGGUCUUCCUCCUCCUCGGCCUGAGUCUCGGGCUUGUCAGUGCGUUUCCUUCCCAGCAGCCAGAGGGUGGGAAAAACUGGGUGGUUAUCGUCGCCGGCUCCAAUGGCUGGUACAACUACAGACACCAGGCCGAUGCCUGCCAUGCCUACCAGAUUGUCCGCAGGAAUGGCAUCCCGGAUGAGCAGAUAGUGGUUAUGAUGUACGAUGACUUGGCACAAAAUGAGGAGAACCCAACCCCUGGAAUAGUGAUCAACAGGCCGAAUGGCUCAGAUGUGUACGAAGGAGUUCUUAAAGACUACACUGGAGAUGAUGUGACACCAGAAAACUUCCUGGCAGUGCUGAAGGGCGACUCCUCAAAGGUCAAAGGUGGCUCUGGAAAAGUCUUAAAGAGUGGCCCCGACGAUCACGUGUUUGUGUACUUCACUGACCACGGGGCGCCUGGUAUUCUGGCCUUUCCUAAUGAUGAUCUCAGCGUUAAAGACCUCCAAGAGGCCAUUACAUACAUGCACGAAAAUAAUAAAUACGAAAAGAUGGUGUUCUACAUUGAAGCAUGUGAGUCCGGGUCAAUGAUGAACCACCUUCCUGCUAACAUUGACGUGUAUGCCACCACAGCAGCCAACCCUCAUGAGUCCUCUUACGCCUGCUACUAUGACGAGAAGAGGAUGACAUACCUGGGAGACUGGUACAGUGUGAACUGGAUGGAGGACUCUGAUGUGGAGGACCUGACCAAAGAAACUUUGCUGAAGCAGUUCAAGAUCGUGAAGAGUCACACAAACACCAGCCACGUCCAGCAGUACGGAAACAAGACUAUGGCCCACAUGAAGGUUAUAGCGUUUCAGGGUAAACACAACAGCCAACCUGCUCCUCCAAUGACCCUGCGGCCAGUUACAAAUCCUGAUCUGACCCCGAGCCCCGACGUUCCUCUGGCCAUCCUCAAGAGGAGGAUGAUGGCCUCUAAUGAUAUUAGAGUUGCAAGGGGGUUACUGAUGGAGAUCAGCACCCACCUCAAGGUCAGGGAGAUGCUGGCUGACACUAUGCGCCAAGUGGUUGAGAGUGUGACCGGCAAUGUUCUCAAGGCCGAGGAGGUUCUCAACGAAAGAGCCGAACUCUCCCAGCAUGAGUGCUACAAGGCUGCCUUCACCCACUACAAACACAACUGCUUCAACUGGCACAAGACUGAGUAUGAAUACGCUCUGAGACAUCUAUACGCUCUGGUGAACUUGUGUGAGAGAGGAUACUCCGCUGACAGCAUCCAGCUUGCCAUGGACUCAGUGUGUCAUUUCCACAAGUAAAAGGGUUCCUGCAAAUCCAUGAAAAGAAGUCAAACUGCUCCUUCCAGGUCGAGAAGACGGAGCUUCUCUUUGCACUGCUUAAGAAUCAAUCGGAUGUGAAGUCGACGUUAUUUUAUCAACACACUAACACUUGUGGGUUUUUUUUUUUUAAACUUGUUUUCCUUUUAUUUUCCUGAGAACUUUUAAACUUGUUUUAUGAUGAGUUGCACUGUUGCUGAAGGGCUUGUGGAUGAUAUUUUACUGAUUCUGAUUUAUUUUUAGGACCAUAAAAUAGACAAUUAUAACGUGGAGUUCAUGUAAAUUUGUUUUGCUCGCAGCAUGAAUGAAUGUUUGAUUGACAUGUAAUGGACAAACCACUAUAAACAUUGAAUGUUUGUCGAGCCUCAAGAGACUUUGUUGUCACAUGGGGAUCUUGAAAUAAAUAUGACAGAGCAAAAGCGGAAAAAAAAUGACUCAUUUCCAAUGGUUUUACCUUUGUGGAUGUGUGAUGUAUUAUACCUUACUAUCAAAAUGACACAUUUUUUGGGAUAUUCCACUGGAAGUAUUCUUUACACAUUACAGUGUUAGUCUCCGGAAGAGGAUUUGUAUGGUGACCAAAUAAUUCUAGCUAAGCCUAUUUUCCUGUGAUCUAAACCCCUUUUUUAAGUGUGCUCUCCUCUUCCUGACAGACAGUUAGACCCACACACAUCCUCGAAUACCACGAGCCACUGUCAGCUUUAUGGGGAUUUUGGCCUCCUGUGAGCUUGUUUUGUUUAAUACCUGAUACAUUUAACAGGAUAUUUUCUUCUGUGAGAAGAGUUUUAAAGAAUAUUUAGUGCCUGAUCCAAACUGGGAAUCAUGCUUACCCACAUGAUAAAUAUCCUCUUUUUCCCCUUGACACAGUGUGAUUUCUUGAUUACACCUUUAGAAGUAAACAAAAUACAUGGUGAAUAGUUUCCUCAGACAAGACAUAAUAAUACAUGUAUACUCCUGUGAUUGCAUGGUGAUAAUAAGAAUAACCACCAAUAUAAAUGAGAUUCAAAUGAAUAUGAAAAGGCUUGCGUUGGAUUAAAAUGUGUUUGCUUUAUAAGUGUUUGGCCAAUCGGCACUUGAAACUAAGUACAGCAGAGGCUCAGAUGGAUUGGAUUUUGGAAUUGGAAUUUUUUUAAGGUCCCUAUGAUCGUUUUCCUCUAGCGCCACCAUGAGGUUCAAAUCUAUGGUUUUGAGUGACACGUGUCUCGACUGGGUGAAUUGCUGUGAUAUGAGGUUCAUGGAUGUCAGGAUUAAUUGUAAUAAUGCUGGUAGUUCCUUAAGUUUUCAUCUAGCACAUCAGAAUUUCAACCAGUCUCGUAAAUUUUUAUGAUUUAAACUGUUACUUUUGACCAAAUACUAGAAAAACUAAUGCCAUUCUUUACUAGUUUACUACUUUGUGAUUAGUUCUUGUGCCACAGAUUUGGCUGACUGGAGAUUUUGAUUGACAAGUCCACAGCAUCACACACGUCAAACAAAUGCUGUACUGAAUAAUGAAAGCCCAGAGGAACUAAUGAAACUGCGACAUCUAGUGACGACAUUUUGACCUACAGCUUAAAUUUUUAAAACAGCAUGAAUCUGUAUUGAAUUUAAGUGGAUGUUCUGUUUUUUGGACUUUCAUUUCAUGUUUGGUUCCAUCAUCCUACCCCUGUAUUUGUUGGUUGAUUUUUAUUUCAUAAUUUUUCCUGUUUAUUUAUAACAUUUGCCUUUUAAUUACCUGCAGUGUGUAACGGAUAUUUCACGUUUUAUCAUUACAUAUGGAAAUUCAUUAGUUGAUGUUUGCCUUUUCAUUAUUUGUCCUUAAUAUUUAUUAUUUGAUGAUGUGGAUAUUCAUUCACAUAAAUCCCCACUCAACUCAAAAAUAUGUUUUGCU